GCCAAACACAGUCGGUCAUUGUACGGGCGUCUUAUGUACAAGUAAAUGCUGUUCUAAGGGGUGGGGUCGAUCCACUCGACUGCGCGCCGGCGCAGGAAGUGGAGGAAGUUGAGGAGCUGCCGGCUGGAACGGCUCUCCAGAUCAGUCGAGUCGCAGUUGCCGACGUGAGCGGAUCGCGAACAGUGAGCCACGCGAAGCCCAAGAAAAGUGAGCAACACCCUUAGAGUUGUGGAAUCGCCAACAGUACAGUGCCAACAUGUCGCAGCACAACUAUACGAACCCGGCCUUCUGCCAGAACAGCGAGUUCUAUCCGGUGCCCAGCGGCAGCGCCUCCGCGCGCGUCGAGUCCAUCUACAACAGAAGCCUCCAGAUGAACUUUGGAGCCGCUCCUCCGCGCGCCACUCGCGAUCCCCGCGAGGGUCCCCUGCGCAUGCAGCGUAGCAUGUCCACGCGCUCGGUGACGCGGAAACAGCACCAGCAGCAGCAGCAACAUCUGCAGCAGCAGCACCAGCAACACCUGGCGCAGCAGCAGCAACACCAGCAACACCAGCCACAUCAGCAGCACUCCUCUAGUGGCCGCUAUGCCCUGGUGCCCCUGGAGGAGCUGAACAGCAGCAGGGCCAGCAGAUACGCCAUAGUGCCGGGACAGGCGGCCCAGCGUUUGGCCAGAUCCCAGGACAAUCUAGAUCGCUAUGGCUCCAGGCAUGGAGUGCACGAAGAGGAGGAGCCGCACUCCUUCCACGAGGAACCCCGCCAGGAGACCCAGUUCGCCAGCUUGCCACCCGUGCUUAGUCUGCCGCCCAAGCCCAGGAGCAUCAGCAACAACGCCAAUCCCAAUCCAAGCCAGAUCAAGCACGCCUUCAGCAGCGACUUUGGCAGCAAGACCUUCUUGAUAGUGGAUAAGAACAGCAACCAGAGGUACCAGAUGGUGCCCACCGCCGAGGACGAGGAGCUGGUGGACGAGAACCAGGAGAUCAUACAGAUGCACAAUGGGCGCGCCCAUCGCUAUGCAGUGGUGCCCACGGAUGCGGACGACGAUGAACUGGCGGAGGAGGAGCAGGAGCAGCAGGAAACCUGCCUCAGCAACAUGGAACUGGGCAGGCAGUACGCUGCGAGGACCUCAACGCCGCAGCAAAAGAAUGCAGCUGCCGCCACGCGGGCCUUGCAUGAGCUCCUGACCACGCCCAGGAAGAUGCAGCCGCCUCCGCGACUGGCGCACUCCACGCCCCGGAAUGCCGCCCACUACGAGCAGCUGCAGCUGGAGAGGCGCCUGGAGAUCUACAAGAGCCAGCAGAUCUACCAAAGUCAGCAGGUGGGAGCAGCAGCUGGAGUCCCUCCCACAUUGCCACUUCGCCACAACCGGCUCUCCCCCCAGAGACUCCACUACGAGACCGUGAAGCCGCUUCCCAUGCAGAUCGCCGAUCGAUCCAUGGCCGUCAUCAGUCCCAGGGUCCAGGAGCAGGGGCUGGGGCAGGGGCAGGAGCUGGACCGGGAGCAGGACAUGAGCAGCAUCCAGGGAAAGGGCAAGAAGAACAGCUCCUAUCCGCAGAAGAUGGCCAACGCCACCAUUACCUUGGCCGUCGUCUCCCUGAUGCUCGUCCUGGGCAGCACCAUGAAUGCGGGGCUCAUCAUCUACAUGAUUGCACACCUGGGAAAGUCCUUUUACCUGCAGUUCAGCCUGGUGGCCUCCUUCUCCGGCAUGGGACUGGGCUUCCUGGGAUUCAGGUCGCGCCACUGCGAGUGGCUGCCGAACAGGAGCUACAGCUCCGGAUACAUCCUGGUCACCGUGUUCUGCCUCCUCAAGUCCUGCGGCCUGCUGGUGAUACUCGUGGUGGACCCCUUCCCCGGCUUUCCGGUCCACGACGUGACCACUGGCGUCAUACUGGGCCUGUCCACCUUCACCAUGUUCUUCAUCGGACUGGGAGUGCUGGGCAGCUUGUGGUGCCACCGACCGCCGCCAGACAACCGCGUCAACGUGGUCUAGUGCCCUGGAAGCAGUUAAUCCUAGACUCUAAUUAGUUGUACACCCUCCACUUUGACUCCAAGAACUUGACACACCGAACGGCUAAAAGACCAAAAACAAGACCUAGAUUUAUAAUCAGCGGAAGAUCAUCAUCCCCCAACGACUGUACAUAACAAGUGGGUUGUACCUAUUGCUACUUUAGUUUGUUUAACUUAUUGUUCACCUUAAGCUAAGUGCGCUACUGCGCGAGAAUAAAAUAAAGGCACGUAGAUACCA